CCAAACCUGCAUGCCCACCAGACCCAUGGUGGAACCCAGUGCCGGACCGUAGACCCAAGUAGCAGCCCGUUUGACGUAACGAUGUCGCUUGCGCAGGCUGCACUCCUGCUGCUCGCUGCUGGCUCUGUGGUGGGUGGUCAUCGACAUCCCACACUGGCGAUCGUCAUGCUGCCAGGUGGCCAAAGCCACGCAUUCCAGGGUAUCGCCAUUGCUCGCAGCAUGCGGGGCAGGGGCUGGCGCACCGCGAUGGUGCUGCCUGAUUUCGACCACGACAAUUUGGAGGGCAAGAAACUGCUGGGUGGCGGCCUGGAAACUGUGGUGUUUAAGACACCACCAUACACCAACAAACGUUUUCAGGAAGAGAUGUUGAAGCAGGAAGAGCUGAUGGAGCUAAAAACAAACCUGCACGAGUUCGUCGCCAUGCACGCCCGCCACUUUGAGCAAAUGUGCCGGCACUUACUUGACGACGGCGCUGCCAUGGAUGCCCUGCGAGGCUUGGAUGCUGACAUGCUCCUUCUAGAUGUCCUCUUCUCUUGCGGCGAGGCAAUUGCAGAGCUGUUGCAGACGCGUGUGAUGCUUCUGGACCCUGUGGACAUUGUGGACCCUUUCAUGAGCAAGUUGGACCGCUUCCCGUACUCCCUUGCUGUCCACGCCGCCAUGGGAUCAGGCCUGGUGCACCCCAUGCUCGUGGGGCCUCUGCUGGGUGGCGGAGAAGCCAAGCCGCUGCCAGCCGACCUAUCCGCCAUUUUGGAGGGAGCAGGACCAAGGGGGGUGGUGUAUGUCAGCUUUGGCACCACUUUCCGGCCCUCCAGCUGCGAUGUGGUGCACGGCCUGGCGGCAGCGCUGUCUGCUGUAAACACCACUGUGAUAUGGGCUGUGGACCUUGCCCACCUUCCAGUUGGCUGCCCUCUGGAUGUGGCCAGCCUGCCGCCCAGCAUUCAUGUGAUGCGUUGGGUGCCUCAAGACGACCUGCUGAGCCACCCACAGCUCAGGGCCUUUUUGUCGCAUGCGGGGGUCAACAGCAUCUAUGAGGCCGCCCGUCGCGGCAAGCCCAUGGUGUGCAUGCCCUUGGCUGGUGAUCAGUAUGACGGUUGUGCCAAGGCGGUGAAGGGCGGCUGGGGACUUCAGUUCAAAAAGGGAGACCUCAGCCCGUCGACUGCCCACAAGCUGGCAGCCAUGCUGGAGCAAGCGGCGGCAAAAGACUCCCCACUUGCACAGCGUGCGGCUGUUGUGAGCGGCAUGCUGAAUGCGCACCCGCGGCCAGCAAUGGAGCUUGCAGCAGACUGGAUUGAGUAUGCGCUGGCGUUGCCGCCAGAUGCGGACCUGUCUGACCCGGCUGUGGCCAUGCCUCAUUGGAAGCGCUACUGCCUGGACGUUUACGCCGUGGCGGCAGUGGCCGUUGCGGCAGUGCUCGGCGUCGCCGCGCUGGUGCUGCGGCUUGCGUGGCGCGGGUUGAUGGGCUUGCGGGUGAAGCACGGCAAAAUGGAGUGAUCAGUACAAUUGUAACUUUCUCUUCCGA